AUGAACUGCCUCAAGGUCGUCGCCCAGCGAGCAGCCACGCGCUCAAUUGUGCCCCGCACCGCGGCGCUGUCGGCAAGGAGCAUCUCAACCUUCGAAAGCAGCGAUUACAAGUCCCCCUUUGCGGCCUCCGGAAAGAAGGACACCACCCGCAUCCCCGACUUCUCGAAAUACAAGGGUGGUAACCCUAAUUCCAACAAGUUGUUUGGGUACUUCAUGGUUGGUACUAUGGGAGUGUUGUCGGCGGCGGGAGCGAAGGCUACUAUCCAAGAUUUCCUGGUGAACAUGGCUGCCUCGGCCGACGUUUUGGCCAUGGCUAAGGUCGAAGUUGACCUCACUGCUAUUCCCGAGGGCAAGAACGUCAUUAUUAAAUGGCGAGGAAAGCCCAUCUUUAUCCGCCACCGAACACCCGACGAGAUUGAGGAGGCCAACGCCGUCAAGAUUGAGUCUCUGCGAGACCCCCAGACCGAUGCGGAACGUGUCAAGCAGCCCGAGUGGCUCGUCAUGUUGGGAAUCUGCACCCACUUGGGUUGUGUGCCCAUUGGUGAGGCUGGUGACUUUGGUGGUUGGUUCUGCCCUUGCCACGGUUCCCACUACGAUAUCUCUGGCCGUAUAAGGCGUGGUCCUGCACCACUCAACCUUGAGAUUCCAGAAUACGACUUCCCUGAGGAGGGCAAGCUUGUCAUCGGUUAA